AUGAUGGGCCCGCGACUGAGAAAGGCGCCGUCAAGCGUGUACCUGGCUGCACUGGCUGUGGUGGACACUAUCUUCCUACUCACUUCAGUAGGCCUGCAGAUUCUUCACGACGAGGACGUCAUCCACGCCAGUGACGUGUACUGCAAGCUGAUCAAGUUCCUGGUGCGUUCCUCCGGGUACCUGUCUGCCUGGAUCACCACAGCCUUCACGGUGGAGCGCUACAUCGCCGUCUGCCACCCCAUGCGCAGGAGCACGCUAUGCACCAUGGACAAGACCAGGAAGGUGCUGUUGGGCAUGGUGAUGGUUGUGUGCAGUGUGAGUUGCCUGGAGUUCUGGGCGCAGGUUGAGAGAGACAACAUGUGUGUGCCGCGGGACCCUCAGACAUGGCUCAACAUCACCAUCUACGACAUGACUGCCGGCCGGCUCAUACCAACUGCUGCCGUGGGGGUGAUCAACACCGUCAUUGUCAUCCGUGUUCUACAGACCCAGAAGAACCGUCAGAACCUGUCCAAGUGCGCCAAAGAGACGGAGAAGCGUCAGAACCAGAUCACCGUGGUCCUCUUCACCGUCUCCACCACCUUCUUCCUGCUGACCGUCCCGCAGUCUGUCUCCGUCGUGACCAACCACACGCUGGGUUUGAUGUUCAAGCUGAACUUCUCCGUGAACUUCAUCCUCUACUGCGUGACGGGGAGACGCUUCAGGGAGGCCUUCCUCCGCAUCUUCUGCAGGUGCUUGCCAGUGGAGUAUCGUGGCGGGAAGAGAGAGUUGCUCUACAAGAGCAGCCGCUUCACACAGAGUACACGGUUCUCCAACUACUGCCACACGGUGCAGCAGGGGUCUGCUUCCACGCCUAUGGGGUUAUCGUGUAUCGACCACAGCACCAUCUCGCUACACUCCUUGCAUCCCCACAUGAACUACUCGGUCUCCAAGCACUCUACAUUGAGUGUGACAACGCCGCUCACACCGGGUCCACCGCUACCUUCGGCGGAUUCUGACGGCUCGUCGACUAGAAAUGGUGGCGCCAAGUUCCAGACGUCGCGAGUGUAGGAACUAGAAAGUCUACAGGGACUACAAGAAUGCUCUGUAUAAACAAGAAAUGCUUUUUGCAAAAGCUAGCCGGGGCCAAGAUAAGAUAAAUGAGUGUGAUGACGAUGUGUGACUUAAAUAAUUGGUCACCUUGGUGACUUGAAUUGGAAAAUGCUAACAAUACUGUGCACAAUUGUAGUGUAUCACGAGCCCUUUCUAACGGAGAAGAUAUAUUUUGUAAUAGUGUAUUAACGGUAAGUUUCGUGCGGUAAACAAAUUUGGCCGAUCUUUCUCUCCUGAUAUCUACUUGGUUAUAAUUCAUCAUGAUGAAUCAGACUCACAACUACCUAACACGACGCCCAUCAGCACAAAGCUGGAGGCCUUAUGGCCCCCGGCAAAAAUUCAUUGGACUCUGAGGUACUUUAUGGAUUUUUAUACCUGCCUCUAUAGAAUAAGACACAUGGGAUAGAAUCUACUUUGUCAUACAAUAUGUGAAAGUGUCACAACGCAAAGCAACACCUUGUUUUUGAAACGAUCGUGAUCGUAGGAUGACUUUCAAACAUAAAAACUCAGAAUGCAAAACAAACAAAUCUCACAGACACCACUGAUACUGAUGAUAUAACUUUGGCAGAUGGACAUGG